GCUCUGGCAACAAGUCUGAACAACUGAAAAGCAAUGGUGCAGAGUCGCUACACUGGAGUAAACUUGGGAAAGACCAAACAGUACGCAUCAGGAUCUCAGAAGAAUACAAGAAUACAAGCUAGUUUUUGCUUUCUAGCUUUUUUUUUGUGCUGAAAUCUUCAGGACAUCCCAAGGCAUUGGAUUCACGAAGCUACGGAGAAUAAUAAUAAAAAUAAAAAAUAAUGGAAUCCAAAGACAAUGAAACUUGUAUAGAUGAAAAUGAGGAUCUUUACACAUUCUACUUCUCUGUGAUGAUGAUUGAGUUCAUCUUUGCACUUCCUCUGAACCUCACUGUGCUCUACGUCUUCAUUUUUAAACUCAAAUUCUGGAAAGCUAAAAACCACAGCAUUUUUCAGUUCAAUCUUGUUCUGGCAGAAAUACUGCUGCUUAUUUGCUUGCCAGUCAGGGCAUACUACUUUCAGCUUGGAGAGAGACGGAGUAUAUUAGUCCGUUUUAUGCUUUUUUUGAACCGCGGAGCCAGCAUUGCCUUCCUGACUAUUAUUUCCAUUGACCGGUACAUCAGGGUGGUCCAUCCCAGGAUGAAUAACCCACUCAAGAUUCAGAAACAAUCGAUUCUCAUUUGUAUUCUGGUCUGGAUUUUGCUUUUGCCUCUGACUGUCCCAGCCACGCUAACCUCCUUCGAGUACUGUACUCCUAAAACGACAGCAGACCAAGUCAUUAUUAAAGACAGCGCCUUCACUGAUACCAUCAGAGAGGUUGUGUUUUUCACACCGGUUCUCAUCGCGUCCAUCAUCCUGGUCUACUGUACCAUAAAGAUCACAAAACGGCUGAAGGAGAAAACAGUCGGCGACACGACCAAGCUGAGAAAAGCGGUGGUCCUGGUCACUCUGGUCGUCUUGGUGUUUUCUCUCUGCUUUUGGCCUUCUGCUAUUUCAAGGCUGGUGUUGUUGAUCGUCAGAGUAACGGAGUCUCUGUUAUUAGAAAAAACUGCGGUUGAGGUCUACGAUGGUCUCAUGUGCAUAUCGUAUCUGGAUUGCCUGCUGGAUCCGCUCAUUUACUGUCUGAGCAAUACGAAGUUUAAACAAGUGUAUAUAUCCACGUAUCUGCCUUGUCUGAUGAAAGGACAAAGUGCAGGUCAACUCAGAACAUGUGAAAGUGGGGAAUAAUCAAUUGAAAAUCAAGAGUUGUUUACAAAUCAACAUGUGUUAGAGUUGGGUUUAAUUUAUUUGAGGUGUUGAUUGCUUUUAAGUCACAAUCACACCAUGAUUGUAACAGCUUUGCUACUCAAAGGAUUUGUAUCUGUGAAGUGUGUGACCAGAAAGGACAACAUGCAAAACAUCACUGAAAUCAUCAUGUGCACAAAUACUCAAAUGACGUACACUACCGUUCAAAAGUUUGGGGUCACUUUGAAAUUUCCUUAUUUUUGAAAGAAAAGCACUGUUCUUUUCAAUGAAGAUCACUUUAAACUAAUCAGAAAUACACUCUAUACAUUGCUAAUGUGGUAAAUGACUAUUCUAGCUGCAAAUGUCUGGUUUUUGGUGCAAUAUCUCCAUAGGUGUAUAGAGGCCCAUUUCCAGCAACUCUCACUCCAGUGUUCUAAUGGUACAAUGUGUUUG